ACGUUUACGUUAUUCGAAUAAACUUAACCUUGCUUUAUAUGUGCAGAGCAACAUGCGAACUGCAUUAACAAGUCUUUUACGAACAAAAAUACAAUUUUAUAAAUAUUUAAAACCUCGUACAAAUAAUGUAGUAACAUAUUCUCAAUUAAGACAAAUUACGAUGUUUUCAAAUAAUAAUCAAAGACAAUUUAAUAACGAUGAAAAUAUUGAAAACGAAACACAUAACCUAGUCGGUUCGCUUAGUACCACUCAUAAAGUUUUUAAAGAUGAAAAUGCAGAAAUUAUUUUUGAUGUCAGUGAAAAACAAGAAAUGAUUAAUUUAGAAGAUUUAAGAAUUGAGGAAGAACCUCACGAUCCUUAUGAAGGAAUAAAUUUAAAACGUGGCGUAAAUGGCGUGUUUGAAAUAGAAGAUCUUAUAUCAUUAUUACAAAAAAGUAAUGCCAAAAAUAUCUUUGUUACUUCUGUACCCUCUGAAUUACAAUAUGUUGAUUACGUAGUUAUAGUAACAGGUAAAUCAAAGAAGCAUAUGCAGUCAGUUGCUAAUUUUGUCCGGAAAGUGUAUAAAUUAAAAAAGGACAAAACAGAUUUCUUGCCAAAAAUUGAAGGAGAAGAUUCAAAAGAUUGGCUUGCUUUAGAUUUAGGAAAUAUCGUAUUGCAUAUUUUUUCAAGUUCUGCUAGAUCAUUAUAUGAUUUAGAAACAUUGUGGUCAGUUGGGCCUGAUUAUGAUGAUAAAAGUAGAAGUUCUACUGACGAAGACAUUAUGGAACAAUAUAAUACGUUUUUGUCUGAUUUAGAACCAAUUGAGAAUAAUGAUGAUGAUAAAAAGAAUGAAAUGUAUAGACAAUAAAUAUAAAAGUUAUCUAAAUGA